AUGGCAAAGCAGAGAGAGUGCGCAACCCGCCGAAAAGUUGAGAGAACUAAAAGCGAUAUAGACAUUGAGGAAAGAAAGAGAAAGGAAGAAAUAAAGAAAAACAGACAUACAGACACGUGGAAUAAAAGAGCUGAAAUCAGAGACCAGAGAAGAGCGUUAAGAGCAGAAAUACUCAAAAGAGACGAAGAGACACAAAAGGUGCUCACAGCAAAUAGAAGUGCCCGAAUGGCCCUUAGAAAAAAGAAAAAAAUGCUUAGAGACUUAUACAAAGAUAAAGAAUAAAUAGACUAAUAUAGCAGAAGAAUAAAACAUAUGAACAAAUGUGUGAUAAUUAUUAAAUUAAGCAUAGAGGAUAGCGGAGUAUCCGGCA